GCUCCUCAGCCUUUCUGCCCUGGGUAUCCGAGAGGCUGGCACCGCUCAGAGCUGCGCACCCUGUGCCCCUGCCCCGUCGGUCUGUUGUUACCACUGCCGUUCUCGCCCCCUGUUCCUCCCCUGGCCGGGCCAGCCAGCCUUCUCGCAGCCCCGAAUCGCCCGGCCGGGUGUCCUGGGAGAGAAACGCCAGGGAGCACAGAAGGCAGCCCCGCCGUCCUCGCCGUUGGGGCUGGGCACAGCAGCCGAGCCCCCAGGGACAGCCGGCUUGCUUGAGGGCUGAGGAGGGUGGGGGGGCUGGGGGACCGCGGCCAUGGUUGCCACUUGCCUUCAACUGGUUGGAUUUGUGACAAGCUUCGCGGGCUGGAUCGGCAUAUUGGUGGCCACGUCCACCAAUGACUGGGUAGUGACCUGCGGCUACACCAUCACCACCUGCCGCAAGAUGGACGAGCUUGGCUCCAAGGGGCUCUGGGCAGACUGUGUCAUGGCUACGGGGCUCUACCACUGCAAACCUCUCGUGGACAUCCUCAUCCUGCCAGGUUAUGUACAGGCAUGCCGAGCCCUCAUGAUUGCUGCAUCGGUCCUGGGCCUACCAGCCAUUUUCCUGCUAUUGACUGUCCUGCCCUGUAUCCGGAUGGGCCAUGAGCCAGGGGCUGCCAAGUACCGGCGCUCUCAGCUGGCUGGGAUCAUGGUGAUUCUCUUAGCCCUGUGCGCCUUGGUGGCCACCAUCUGGUUCCCUGUGUGCGCCCACCGUGAGACCAUGAUCAUGAGCUUUGGCUACUCCCUCUACACGGGCUGGAUCGGGGCCACCCUCUGCCUGUUUGGCGGCUGCGUCAUCCUGUGCUGCGCGGGAGAUGCUCAGUCAUUUGGGGAGAAUCGCUUCUACUACUCUUCAGGCUCCAGCUCCCCGACUCACGCCAAGAGCGCCCACGUAUAAGGGAGCAUCUGGACUUCCCCUGGCUGGCCACUGAGGUGCGCCAGCUGAUGGACCGACGUGCCUAGGGUUUGCUUGUGACAGCGGGUUGUGCAAGAACUCCCCUGCCAAGCUCUGACGCCGAAGGUCUAGAAAAGCCUCCUGUCCAAUGUUUCGUAGCCUGAUUUGCCCACCUGUUGCCUUAAGAGAAAUCUCUCCCUCGGUUGUACCCCGCUACCUGUCGCCCAUGGUUCUGCCCGGUUCAAGCACUACCAAAAAUUCAUAUUAAAGAACCUUGGGCCACACCUCUGUUUAUCUUUUUUUUUUUCCUUUUCCUGCUUUGGGUAUCUUAUUUCGCUUUUGUAGGUUUUUUUUUUUCUCUUCUGUCUUAUCCAACAUUUCUGAGUUGGGAGGAAAAAAAAGACACUUUCAAAUGUUUCAAAUGACAAUGGGAACCUCCUAGAGAUGCCUCCCUGGUCCAUCGCUCCCUUUAACAGCGUGUAACAAAUAGAAAGCGAAGGAAUGGGGCAGACGGGUUUGGCAAGGGAGGUAGAGGAAAUACUGGAACUUUCUGACCCUGAGAAAGGUGUUUCUGUGAAUUCAGAAGGGGCAAGGGGUUAGGGGUAAUUAUUUUUUCCUUUUUUUUUUAAAUUUGGGGUUUCACACUUAUCUAUACUUAGCUUUUUAUUUUUCACUGCUCCUUUUUGCAAUCAUGAUUUUCCUGAAAUUCUCAAUUCAUUAGCAUGAAGGAAAUGAACCGAUUAGGCUCUAACCACAUAGUCACUAACCCUGCCUAGCUUGAAAUGAUAUUCCACAAAGCAGUUUCUGAUUUUUUUUUCUUCUGGGUACAGAGUAGUUCUUAAACUCAUUUCAUGUUUCCAUUUAACCAUUAAAAAACACCACCACCACUUUCCCCCCUUCCUGCCCUUUUGUCCAUUCUGACAACCAGCUUGAUGUGGUAUUAUUGAAUACGUGCUGUACCGGGGUGUCUGUAGGUCCCCUCUCAUGCCGAGCCAUGGUGUGCCAGCUAGAGAGAGAGAGACACCCAUCUCUCCAAGUACUGAUGCAUUUUGUACCUUAAGUAAAGUACUGUAAAAAUAAAUAACAGACUCUCUGUG